UUCAAGGAAAGAGAAACUGAAGUGUAGUUGAGCUGUUGUGUGUAAAAUGGCAGGAGCCAGAAUUUCGGUGGAUCAGAAUGAGUUUAUGUGUGCAGUGUGUCUGGAUCUCCUGAAGGAUCCAGUGACCAUCCAGUGUGGACACAGUUAUUGUAAGAGCUGUAUUACAGGCUGCUGGGAUCAGGAGGAUCAGAUGAGAGUCUACAGCUGCCCUCAGUGCAGACAGACCUUCAGUCCAAGACCUGCUUUAGCUAGAAACACCAUGCUGGCUGAAUUGGUGGAGAAACUGAAGAAGACCGAACUUCCUAAGACCGAACUUCCUGCUGACUGUUACGCUGGAGCUGGAGAUGUGCAGUGUGACAUCUGUACUGAAAGGAAAUACAAAGCCAUCAAGUCCUGCCUGGUGUGUCUGAACUCUUACUGUCAGAAUCACCUCGAACAACAUGAGAGUUGGUUUAGAGGAAAGAGACACAAUUUGACUGAAGCCACUGGACGACUGCAGGAGAUGAUCUGCCAGAAACAUGAGAAGCUCCUUGAGGUUUUCUGUCGCACUGACCAGAAAUAUAUAUGUGUGCUGUGUACGAUGGAUGAACAUAAAAACCACGACACUGUAUCAGCUGCAGCACAGAGGACAGAGAAACAGGUAUUUAAGACUAGACACUGAUGAAAUAUUGCU